CACCCUCAUCGCAAGAACCAUCUCUUCUUCUGCUAAAGGAUAUGAAUGUCGAGCGGACUAUGCUGGGUGACACCGGUGCUGGACCUGGACAAGCAUCGCUGGAUGCCAUGAAGAACCCGCUGGGUCCUGCCUGCAUCUUUCUGCGCAAGGGGAUUGCUGAGAAACAGGGGGAACGGGAGCUGGGAGCUGAUGAAAUUGAAGAACUCCGUGAGGCUUUUAACGAGUUUGACAAGGACAAAGAUGGAUAUAUCAGCUGCAAGGAUUUGGGGAACCUCAUGAGGACGAUGGGGUACAUGCCAACCGAGAUGGAGCUCAUAGAGUUGUCGCAGCAGAUCAAUAUGAACCUUGGGGGUCGUGUGGAUUUUGAGGAUUUUGUGGAGAUGAUGUCACCAAAACUGCUGGCAGAGACGGCAGGCAUGAUUGGACUGCAGGAGAUGAGGGAUGCCUUCAAAGAGUUUGAUGCAAAUGGGGAUGGUGAAAUAACAUUGGAUGAACUGUACCAAGCCAUGCAACGACUGAUGGGAGAACGCCUAACCGCUCGGGAGAUUGCGGAUGUGGUGAAGGAAGCCGAUGUCAAUGGAGAUGGAACGGUGGAUUUUGAGGAGUUUGUGAGGAUGAUGUCACGCUGAUGGAGUCCCUCGUCCCACCCCCAGAUCCAUGCACGGAAUAAGAGACCCAGACAAUUGCUUUAAAAACGUAUGGAUCUCAACGGCAAGUCCUAACCUGAAUUGGGAGGUGUCACCAACCUUCAAUUUGCAAAUGCAGCUGAGUAGCUCAAUGGGUUGGGUCUGUAUUAGGGGCUCUGAGACUCUGCUUCCCCGAUAGAAGGGGGCAAUACUCUCCUCUGCAAAGCUCUCUGCUCUGCCCCCACUGCUGUCCCUUUUCUUGCUCAAAUGCACCCAUCCAAUCUGUCCCCUCUCUCUCUCUUUUUUUUUUAUUCCAUACCUCUCAUUCCAAUCCCACAGCAUUCUCCCCCCACUGCAGUCAUGUCAAAUAAAAGCUUCCUUGAAUCGGA